AUGUCAAACGAACAGAAGAUUGUGCAAGAAGCAAACGUUGACGAAGAACAGGCUCCUCCUGCCCUUCCAACCACUGAACCUCCGAAGGAUGAUGUCGGUAAACCGGCCGAACCUGAAGUCACCGAAGCUCCAAAGAGCGAAGAAAAACCUGCAGAAGAAGCAUCAAAAGAUGAGAAACCAACUUCACGUAUCUUCAAACGCCCUACAUUGAAGUGGGGAAAGAAACGUGAUGAGCCAUCUGCUCUCAAAGAACCGGAGCAAGCGAAGGACAUUCGCGAUGAUACUCUCGGAUGGAUUGCGCAACAAAUCCCUUCAGCUGUUCACAAGGUGAAUUACCAUUUGUUGGACUGGGCUCAGAAACUGGCAUACGAGGACUCAGAACGACCUGAUUUACCGGGUAAAGACGGAUCAAUAACUCGUAAUCAGUUCCUGGCUCACUUGCGUGAUGGAAAAUUGCUCGUUAACUUAGCAAACAAACUGCAGGUGACGACUAUUUUCGAUUCACAUUUACUCGUGACUGCACUUACGGCACGUCAUAGUUUAUGCAUCUAUGAAAAUUUUGAGUGCAUUUUCAAAUUCAAAUUUUCAAAUGACCAAAGUCCUGGUUCGGUUGUUGUUGAACCGGAAGUAACAUCGGAGGCGGCGCCAGUACCAGUGAGCGAACCAGAGAAGCAAGCUGAAGGAUCUGCGGAAGGAGAGGAGAAAAAGGAAGAGGCAGUGGUGGAGUCAACAAAAGCUGAGGAAAAGCCAGCCACCCCUGUGCAAAAGACACAGAAAGAGAAGCAGUACGAUAUAGUGAACAAGUUCACAACGUGGGCAAACGAUUGUCUUGGUCUCGGUGAAGGGAAGGCUAUGACUACUGCAGAUCUUCUUGAAAAGGGUAAAGCUGGUUAUCCAGCCGUAUUUGAAACCCUCUGGCAACUUGCAAUGAAAGCGCAGGAUAAAUUUCAGCAGCAGGGCAUUGAUGUUGAAGCUGUGGUUGCUGCUGCAAGCCAAGUUGUUCGCACGAACAUCAUUCAGACCAUCCUCAACUUUUUCAAGCGUCGUUCACCGCCUGUCUCUGACAAAAAAGAUGACCAUACCGAUCCUGCUGCUGGCGACGCUGCGCCAAAUGCACCUGAAGGUGAACAAGUAAUUGAAGAGGAAUGCAAGAAAAUUGAUGCAUUAACGUCGGCCCCAGUGGCAGCGAAUUAG